AUGCAGUUGCAAGGCGCCCCUGAUGCCAUUAUGUGCCGAGCUUUUGCCACAACACUUAAAGGUAGUGCCAAAGAUUGGUACCGGACCCUGCGACCUAGAUCGAUUGUCUCCUUUUCGGAGAUGGAGCAGCUGUUCACCGGCCACUUCCUCAGUAGUCUGAGGAUUGUCAAAACCACAACCCACCUGAUGAGCAUGGUCCAGGAAGAGAAGGAGACAUUAAAGAAAUUCAUGCAUCACUUCAACAUCGUGACCCUGGAGAUCUGCAAGUUAGACAUGGGGGUGGCUUUGACAGCUCUAACCACGACCCUUCAGCCCAAAAGCUUCCUGUACUCUUUAGAGAAGAAGCCGCCGAUUGAUAUGGGAGAACUGAUGGCUCGAGUGCAAAAGUACAUCAACCUAGAAGAGAUGAUGGACACCAGGGGAAAUUGCAUCAAGCUGAAAAGGAAAGGUAAUAGUCGGGAGAUGGGAGAAUCCUUUAGAUCCAUAAAGAGACAAGAGACUAGUGCGCUGCUCACCAGCCCUAGGAUGAGAGGGCAACCCAGUAAGUUCUCCACCUAUACACCCCUAAAUGUGCCGCAUUUUGAAGUACUGAUGCAGAUAAGGAAAAAGGACUAUGUCUCAUGGCCUGAACCCAUGUGA